AUGGCGGAGGAACUAGAAGUGUUGUGGAAGAAGCUAUCGUUUACGGAGGAAGAGGCUGAUGAUGUCGAGCUUGGGAGUGGCAGUACAAAGGUGGCAAUAGAAAGAGGGAGAUUUUGUGCCGUCUUGAAGGUGCUCACAAACAAAAGCGUCAGCCUAGACGCCCUGAGGAAGAACUUGAGGAUGAUGUGGAAACUAAAAAAGGAAAUGAAACUGUCUGAAAUAGAGGAGGAUCUGUUCUUGGUGGAAUUUGGAGAUGAGAAAGACAAAAGGAAAGUUAUCGAUAUGAGUCCGUGGAGUUAUGAGAAACAGUUAGUAAUAAUACAAGAGUUUGAGGCUGAACUUACCCCAAAGGAGAUAGAGUUGAAAUGGUCACCCUUUUGGGUCCAAAUGUUCAACUUGCCUUUGAAGUGUAGGACAAGGGAGACGGGGAUGGUAAUAGGCUCAAAACUUGGGGAGGUCUUGGAAGUGGAUGUCCCUGAUUUAGGAGUCCAUUGGGGAAAAUGCUUGAGGGUGAGAAUUCGAAUAGAUGUGACAAAACGUCUAUUGAGGGGUAAACGGUUUUCCAUAGAAGGUGGGGAGAGUCGGUGGGUCAACUUCAAAUACAAACAGCUUCCAAACAUUUGUUACAACUGUGGUUUGCUUAGUCAUAGUCUAAAGGAUUGCCAGGAUAGUUCAGCUAGUGUUAUAUAG